AUGCCUGUGCAAUGCGCCUCUGAAUGGACUUCUGGCGAGAAGAGCAAGUUCUCAAGAGAAGGCUUUGGUCUGAUGCGUGCAUUGAGCUCGUGGUUCAAUCCAGCUAUGACCGAGGUAUUAGAGCGAUGGUCGGAGCGCAUUGAAUCAUUGUUAGAUGAAGUGUGCAGUGCCUCAGUGUCGAGUCCAACAGGAGAGUCUCCUCCAGCAGUAGAACUGCGAGGUCGUCGAAUAGCGAGGUGGAAUGAAGCGUGCUUAGAGUUACUCUCAGCUUGCAUUACCGUGGUAGUAGAUGGCGAGUGGAGGAUGAGCUUGGCGGCAGUUAUGGGGAAGCAGCUCGAUCUCUACAAAGAUUAUCCCGAUGAAAAGGCGUUCUUAUUGCGAUGUUUGGGUACAGCGCUGUCAAAAAUAGCUUUGAAAUCUUUCGUAGUUGAUCAUCUAAUGUUGAUGUUUAAGUCUGCUCAGCAUCAUAUUCCAGCAGAGAGGCAAGGAUGCGCCAGAGGGGUUGGUGCAUGUGCUGUAACUCAUACCGAUCUAGUUCUCGUAGAGUUGGAGAAUGUGUCAAAAUGGGAACAUGCAAAAAGGAGCAGUGGCUUCUUUGGUUUUAUUAAGGAGGCCAUGCCUAUUCGACAGUACACCGAUACAGAAAUGGUUCUACUACGAGCAAGUCUCAUGCUUAGUUAUGGAUAUGUUGUGCAAGCUUGUGCUCUUGAUACCAUCACGCAACGACUUCAACAAACAAUUAUUGCAUUCUUGCGAAAUUACUUUGCAAAUUCUAAGCAAGAAACAGUUGUUCGUGAAGCUAUGCUUGAAACAAUGCGACUCAUCGCCAUGGCCGUACAUCCCUCAAGACUUCCAGGAGAGUAUCGCUUUGAAGCUCGAAAUGAAUUGAUUGGGUAUAUCAAGGACUACGUUCAAAGUGAAACUCCUGAAAUGCUGUCAAGCUCACUAAGGCUAUUAGCAGCCAAAGCUGCAGCAGCUCUUGUCCGAUUAGAGCCACCACUCACUGACGAUGAGACUUGGGAUUUGGGUUGUGUACUGACGCAGUAUAUAUUGCCUAUGUGUCGAGAGAAAAGUGGACUGAAAACAGUGAGUGAAGUUUAUGUGGCUACAGCUUCCAUAAGUUCGAACACAUGGCUGCAUUACUGCCAUAUAAGGGAUGCAGUGGUGUGGUUGGCCUAUGACUUGUUCGAUUACGCGUCGACGUCAAUUUCUUCAUUUACGUCAACAUCAUCGAGUAGUCGUGCCAUGAAAAAGCUGACCUUUUUUGAGGGGCGCUUCUAUAUCGUGUACCUUGGGAAACCCAACGCUUCACCACGUUAG